UCGCAGCAUAGUUUUACAAUGGCGGAAAUAUUUUUGCAAAUUUGAAAUUUACUCCACUUUAAAUCGAAUAUCUUCAAUUCUGUCCUUGAGGAUACUGUCAGAAUGUUUAUAUACCUUAGCAAGAAGAUCGCCAUCCCAAAUAAUACACGGCUGAGAUGUGUCUCCUGGAACAAAGACCAAGGUUAUAUAGCAUGUGGUGGUGAAGAUGGUCUUCUAAAGGUCCUCAAGCUAGAAACUGCGCAAGGUAAAGAUGCCAAGGUGAAAGGCCUAGCUGCCCCUAGCAAUCUCUCCAUGAACCAGACCCUUGAGGGACAUAGUGGAGCUGUGCAAUGUGUGACAUGGAACCCCCUUUUCCACAAACUUACAACAAGUGACCAGUAUGGAUUGAUAAUAGUUUGGAUGCUAUACAAAGGUUCCUGGUAUGAGGAGAUGAUUAACAAUAGAAACAAAUCUGUGGUGCGUGGCAUGGCAUGGAAUGCUGAUGGUCAGAAAAUAUGUAUUGUCUAUGAAGAUGGUGCUGUCAUUGUUGGAUCUGUGGAUGGCAAUAGGAUCUGGGGGAAAGAAUUAAAACAACUUCAACUAGCACAUGUUGAGUGGUCACCUACUGGGAAGAUGUUGCUGUUUGGGAUGACCAAUGCAGAAAUACAAAUAUUUGACAAUGGUGGGAAUUUCAUUGGCAAGUUACAAGUAUACUGCUUGGCUAAUGUGACUGGAGCCAUUCAACUAGCUGGUAUACAAUGGUACAAUGGAGUUAAUGGUUACGUAGAGCCAGGCUGUCCAUGUCUUGCUAUAUGUUUUGAUAAUGGAAGAUGUCAGAUAAUGCGAAAUGAAAAUGAUGACAACCCAGUGCUGAUAGAUACUGGUAUGAGUGUGGUAGAGAUAGCCUGGAAUCAUGUGGGAGCAGUCCUAGCAGUGGCAGGAUCACAGAAGACAUCAAACAGCGACAAAGAUGUUAAUGUUGUCCAGUUUUAUACGCCUUUUGGUGAGCAUCUGCGUACAUUGAAGGUCCCUGGAAAACACAUGUACUCUUGCUCCUGGGAGGGGGGCAGUCUGCGAAUUGCCCUUGCUGUUGAUUCAUUUAUAUACUUUGCCAAUAUCCGACCGGACUACAAGUGGGGCUAUUGUUCCAACACAGUUGUCUACUCCUUCAUGAAGCCUGACCGUCUUGAGCACUGUGUAGUAUUUUGGGACACCAAGAAUAAUGAGAGGUACAUCAAAUAUGUGAGAAAUCUAAUCUCAGUGACUGCCUAUGGAGACUACUGCUGUCUGGCCACAAGGUCUGAAGAUCAACAGGGCCAGUAUGUUCUUGUGUUGUGUAACUCGAUUGGAACACCACUGGACUCUAAAUACAUUGAGAUUGACCCAGCCUACAUUGCUAUGACAAAGAGCCACAUCAUAGCAGCCUCAAAGGAAGCCUUCUAUACAUGGCAGUUCAAGAAUCCAAAGAACCUUGCUACCAUGGAGAUGUCAGGCAAGAGAAAAGCUGGCGCAGAAAGGUUAUACCACAUAGAUGAUGUUCCCUCAGGGGCAGGAGGGGAGCUGGUAGAUUUCAGUAAAGCUUUCGUGGAAACUCAGGAUCCCAUAUGUUGUAUAUGUGCCUCGGAUAAAACACUAAUUGUUGGUCGAGAAUCUGGUACAUUAAACCGCUACCAGAUGCCACUAGUGUCUCUUUCUCACAAACAUUUACUGAACUGUCGGCCACAUCAGCUCUCACUCAAUUGUUCUUCUGCUCGCUUGGCAAUUAUUGAUAUAUCAGGAGUUCUGACCUUCUUUGACCUUGACACCCGAUAUACUGACGCCAAUGGUCAAGAGGUCACUGGGGAACACUUGAAGUUUGAGCGUAAGGAUGUGUGGGACAUGAAAUGGGCUGAGGAUAAUUCAGAGCUGUUUGCAAUGAUGGAGAAAACUAGGAUGUACAUCUUCAGAAACCUGGAUCCAGAGGAGCCCAUACUGAGCAGUGGUUAUAUCUGUCAGUUCAAUGACCUACAGAUCAAGUCCAUCCUGCUAGAUGAGAUCAUGAAGGACCCUGAAAACCCCAACAAAGAUAAUGUCAUUGAAAUGGAGAUAAAGUCUUUAAGGGACAGCAGAGAUCUACUUGAGAAAGUUGGAAUUGAAGAUGCACAACAGUUCAUAGAAGACAACCCACAUCCUAGACUAUGGCGACUUUUGGCAGAAACUGCACUGGAGCAGUUGAAUCUUAAGGUGGCUGAGCAGGCAUUUGUCAGAUGUAAAGACUAUCAGGGGAUAGAGUUUGUAAAGAGACUUGGCAAUCUACAGAAUGAUUCAAUGAAGCAAGCUGAAGUUGCAGCAUAUUUCAAAAGGUUUGAAGAGGCUGAGAGAACAUAUUUGGACAUGGAUAGAAGGGACUUGGCUGUGAGUUUACGUAAGAAGUUAGGUGACUGGUUCCGUGUUGUCCAACUGUUGAAGACAGGGGCAGGAGGGGGUGAUGAUGUUCAGCUAGAGGAGGCUUGGAAUGCUAUUGGAAACUACUAUGCUGAUAGACAAAAAUGGCAGCAGGCUGUCACCUACUAUCUCCAGGGCAGGAACCAGGAAAGGUUGUCUGAGUGUUACUACAUGCUGGAGGACUACUCAGGAUUGGAGAAAAUGGUGGCUAAUUUGCCAGAAAAUCACCGCCUUUUGCCAGAGAUUGGUCACAUGUUUGUCACGGUGGGCAUGUGUGAACCUGCAGUGGAAGCAUAUACUAAGUGUACUAGAGUUAAGCAGGCUAUAGAUGCUUGUGUGCACCUGAACCAGUGGAACCAGGCUAUAGACUUAGCCAAGAAACACAAUGUCAAAGAAAUUGAUGGCUUACUGGCAAAAUAUGCUCAGCACCUACUGGAGAAAGACAAGAAACUCAAUGCUAUAGAGUUGUACAGAAAAGCCAGCCGCUAUUUGGAGGCAGCCAGAUUACUUUUUGAUAUUGCCAAGGUAGAGGCUGACAAAAAGAGUAAGCCAAUGAGGGUGAAGAAACUGUACGUCCUCGCUGCUUUGCUAGUGGAGCGAUACCAUGAACAUAUGAAACACAGCUCUAGAAAGGGCAAAGACAAGAGAUCUGAGACUACAUCUGCUCUAGCUGGACUUCUAGAGGAAGAUGUGACAUCACUAAGUGAUACAAAGAUUAUAGAUAAUGCCUGGAGAGGAGCAGAGGCCUAUCAUUUCUUUUUGCUUGCUCAGAAACAGCUUUAUGAUGGGUAUGUUGAUUUAGCCAUGAAGACAGCCCUACAACUAACAGAGUUUGAUGAUAUGAUGGACCCAGCUGAUAUAUACUCUCUCCUUGCAUUGACAGCCAGUGCUAACAGGGCAUUUGGAGGAUGUUCUAAGGCAUUCAUAAAGCUGGAGUCUCUCGAGAAUAUACAGGAAGAGCGCAAAGAACAGUUUGAAGAACUUGCUCUUGAAAUAUUUACAAGACAUGCACCUAAGGACACCAGAAGCAACAAGACAGAAUGCCCCAACUGUGAUAGUCUCAUGCCUGACUGGUCUUCAAUGUGCUCCAGUUGUGACACAAAGUUCCCAACAUGUAUAGUUACUGGCCGACCAUUGAUGGAUUAUCAGUUCUGGAUGUGUAGCACAUGUAAACACAGAGCAUACGAGGACCAAAUUGCUAACAGACAAACAUGUCCCCUAUGCCACUCUAUGGUAUGAUGACUAAAUAGCAGACAGACAAACAUGUCCCCUAUGCCA